AUGAAAGAUUCGUUACCGAAUUCGGAAUCUAUGUUUCAAAAUGGCGUACAUUAUCCUCGUGAACACAAAACACCUGACUACCGGCUAAUCUCCAAUCCAUUCGAUCCACCGACAUCAGUACACUUAAGACAAAGAUUGGCUAGUUUCAGUAUUUUUGACGAAGAACGGGAUAAUAAAUCUGUACAGAAUAUCCUUUCGAUCGAACGUCAAGCACAAAUCAACCCUCAUCAAUUGAGUGAACAUAUUGUUCAAAUUGACACAUCUCUCUUUGACGAAGACAAACGAGAUCGAUACCAACGAGCAUGUGAUGAUUUCUGUCAAACACAACUCGAUCUACCGACACCAGUGACAACAAAUCACAUUCCAAAAGCUAGAAACCAGUCAAAUUCAAGUAGUUCAUCGCUGAAUUCGAGCUCUCUAUUGAAUCAAACGCGAAAUACUCGUCAUAUGGCUUGUCAAACACGUCUUUCGUUACCACCAACAACUGACCUGGAAUCGUUAAUUCAAAGUUUCGCUUCGAACAGUGAUCAAGAAGAUCCGCCCGUGACGAUAUCGAAUUCUUCAUUAAACAAUUCUCAAAUACGACGAAAACUAUUCUAUGAUGAAGACGAUCUAUUGGAUGAAAUACCACUUGUAGUACCACCGCGACGCUCUUCGAUAUUCGAUUGUGAACAACGUUCAUCUAGCCCAAGUCAAUAUCAAAAUCGUGGAAAUCAAUUGCUAAGACAUGAGAAGCCUGUCACACCUGAUUGUUCACCGAUUCCACUGAAAACUUCAACAAAUUCCACCAGAUCUUCCCCACAGCUAGACGCUGUGGUGAUGACUUCUGUAUUUCGUCCAACACGUCAUUUAUCAGGUCUUUCAUCACCAAUUGCAAACAUGUCUAUUGGUUCGCCAUUAUUACAUUCACAUCAUAUAAUGCCUAGUGAUUAUGCUCGACAAGUACUUGACAAUGCACUCGCUGAUCUAAUGGAAUGUUCAAUGUGA